AUGGUGGUUAUUGGGCUUAUUGAGCGGGCGGUUGUUGAGCCAGAUUCGGGUGUCAAUAAGGCCAGGGGUAUUGGGGUGAAAGACAUGGCCAGUGGAUUUGGGAGCUCGCCGGAGCUCAUAUCCGUCUAUAAGCAGUGGAUGCCUCCUGAAUCACGAUCCGAGCCGAAUGGGAAGAUUGAUGGAAGUUGUGAAGUUGGUGAAGUAUAG